UAUAUAUAUAUAUAUAUAUAUAACCACUCAUCACCGUUUCAUUUCAAACACUCUCUUCUCUUAUCUUCUCCAUUAUGGCCGUCGUUCGAGAGCGUCGCCAGCUCAAUCUCCGCCUCCCUCUGCCCGACAUCUCCGACCGCUGCCCUCGCUUCCCUCUCCCGCUUCCUCCCUCCGCCGAAACCAACCGCUCUUCCUCUUCCUCUUCCUCAUCUGCCAACAUCUCAUGCACCGACCUCGAGAAGAUUCAAGUCCUCGGCCGUGGAAACGGCGGAACCGUCUACAAAGUCCGCCACAAGAAAACCUCAGCCACCUACGCUUUAAAGAUCGUCCACGGCGACUCCGACUCCAACGUCCGCCGCCAGCUCUUCCGCGAGAUGGAGAUUCUCCGCCGUACUGACUCGCCUCACGUCGUCCGAUGCCACGAGAUCUUCGAGAAACCCUCCGGUGACUUUGGGAUACUCAUGGAGUAUAUGGAUUACGGAACCCUCGAUAAUGUUCUGAAAUCCGAAGGAACUUUCUCGGAAUCCAAACUGGCUGACGUGGCUAGGAAAGUCCUCGACGGUCUUCACUACCUUCACUCGCACAAGAUCAUUCAUCGUGAUAUCAAGCCGGCGAAUCUGCUUGUGAAUUCGAAGAUGGAGGUGAAGAUCGCCGAUUUCGGAGUCAGCAAAAUCAUGUGCCGGACCUUGGAUGCCUGCAACUCCUACGUCGGGACCUGCGCUUACAUGAGUCCGGAGAGGUUCGACCCGGAGACUUACGGCGGAAACUACGACGGUUACGCCGGAGAUAUCUGGAGCUUGGGUCUGACUCUAAUGGAGCUCUAUAUGGGUCACUUUCCUUUGCUUCCGGCGGGUCAAAGACCCGAUUGGGCGACCCUUAUGUGCGCUAUCUGCUUCGGUGAGCCACCGGCUCUGCCGGAAACUGCCUCCGGUGAGUUCAGGAGCUUCGUCGAGUGUUGUUUGCAGAAAGAGUCGAGCAAGAGGUGGUCCGCCGCUCAGUUGUUGGGUCACCCGUUCCUCUGUAAAGGCCAAAGACCCGAAUCCGAACAUUAGACCCGACCCGAAUGGACUAUAGGAUCCGCCCAAGUUUUGUAGAUACUUUGUUCUUGUACAGUUAAUUUGAUUAGUUUUAUUUAAUUAAAUCUCAAAAGUUUUUAGAUUGAGAGAUUGAGCAGCUACCAAAGUUAGAUAAUGGGAUUUGGUUUCAAAGACUCAAUUUUUAUUAUCUUUUUAUUAAUAUAAAUCUUUUUAUUUAAA